CUAGUCACUGAGAGCAGAGCACAGUAGCGGGGGCAGUCAACACAGAAAAGGCAGCGCAGCACUGAGGUGUCACUGCAGCCAUAGAUGAUGGCAACGAGACCCACGAGAGGCAAAGGACCACUAUGAAUCCGCCACACAACCACACAGCUGGCCCACAGCCAUCACUGGCAUCUCAGCAGCCAGACAGAGUGAUGACUUCAAACAUCAGUGGCAAAAUUUCAGAGGAAACAACUAUUCAUUAACUGGGCUCUUGCGAAAAUUGCUUGAUUUUUUUGAACAGAUGGGAAGGCAUUUGAAAGGUGUGAAAAUUCAAGUUAGCUGCUAAGACAAACAUAACACUGGGUGGUGGAACAGAGAGAAAGAAGAAGCAGCUCCAACAUCUCAUCUGACCUUGGACCAUGCAGAUGUUCUGAUUAGAUGGUGUGAAAAUUAACAACCAGAGUGAUGACUAAAUUUAGUAACAUUUUAUAGCAGCUUAGGAAACUUUACAAAGAGCUAAACAUUCUGUAGUUCCAAAGUUGAAAAGCAGAUAAGCAUGGAUUCCAAUGAAACUCCAGUGACAACACCAUUUCCAGUGACAACACACAACUCCACUGAAGUCCCAGAGAGAGUGGUGUCAAAAGUGAUGCUGGGUAUCCUCCUGUCCCUCCUCAUCCUUCUGACCAUUGGUGGUAAUGUGUUGGUGUGCCUUGCUGUCUGUGCUUCCCGGCGCCUCCGCUGCCUCACCAACUGCUUCAUUGUGUCACUGGCUGUAACAGACCUUCUACUUGGUGCUUUGGUCCUACCUUUCUCUGCACUUCUUCAGCUCACCGAUGACUGGCCACUUGGUCCAGUUUUCUGCAACUUCUACAUCUCCAUGGAUGUCAUGCUGUGCACCGCUUCUAUCCUGACCCUCCUGGCCAUCAGUGUAGACCGCUACAUGGCAGUGACCAUGCCCCUGAGGUACACCUCAUUGGUGUUGCCUUGGAGAGUGGCGGUGGCUAUGGUAAGUGUUUGGACAGUGUCAGUUGCAGUGUCCUUCUUACCAAUCCAAAUGGGCUGGAACACUGUUAAUGGGACAGUGCAGAACCAUGGGCCUCAGGAUCAAGAGAGGAGGUGUCGUUUUGAACUUAACAGACCCUAUGUACUCACAGACUCUCUACUCACCUUCUACCUGCCCCUAGUGGCUAUGUGCUGGACCUACCUGCAAAUACUUCGCAUUGCACGAUCACAGGCCAAACGCAUAGUCAGUGCUCGGCCCACCUGCGUAACCAGCUACAACUGCAGGAGCAACUCGUCCAUCACUACCACUGUGGUUUCCAGUGUUACAGCCGUGGCCCUGCGGGAGCACAAAGCCACAGUGACACUAGCAGCAGUGAUAGGAGCUUUUGUGGUUUGCUGGCUGCCUUAUUUUAUCCUGUUCACAGUGUUGGGAAUACAGGAGCAUCAAGACCCGAAUAAUGUACCACAGUUUCAAAUUGUGUUGUGGCUGGGUUAUGCCAACUCAGCUCUGAACCCAAUCCUCUAUGGAGCUCUAAACAGGGACUUCAGGUCAGCCUACACACAUCUACUGAGAUGUCGAUGCCCUUACAGUACAUGGAGGAGCCGGCAGCCUUCACCAGUUAUAACAGCAGCCAGAGAUCAGCUUACAGAAGUGACGCUGCUGUGUGGCCACACCCCUUCCACCUGCAGGGCCGGACUAACAGAUCAAAACUUUAUGCUACAAGAAAUCAACAACACACCAUCAGCAACUAUCCAAUUUGCAAAUGGCACUGCAGCCACAGAUGUAAAUGGAAAUGAAAGGUCGUGCUGAGUCUGUGCUGGUGAGGUGGAUGCUGUGUUCACUACAGACACAACACAGAAUCAGAAACCAUCCGCAAGGCAAAGAACAAGAGACAAAAUAGAUGGGCAAAAAAUGGACAGACCCUAUAUUUGGAAGUCCUCAGUGCCGCAGCAGAGACACCCACAAUGUUCUGUGUAAGUAAACACAAACACACAUACUGGAGGGAAUACUGACAUCCCUUUAGCCGCCAUAGGUCAUGUCUGGCCCUGAACAAAUGAACAGUGACACACAGAUCCUAGCGGUGUUAACAACAACAGUGUAUCGGGCCAUAUGGCAACAUGCUCAUCAGGCCAAAAAAUGUGAUUUUGAUGCAGUGUUACUCAGUUUUUUAUAUUGUGCUAAUUUCUUUGUGGAGACACAAUUGUCAGAUCAGUGUGUAAGUUGUAUGUAAAUAUAUCUUACAUGCAUUAAUAUAACAUUAUAGCAUUUGUUACCAAAAAAAAAAAAGAAGAGAAAAGAUAACACAAUGAGAACAGUUUUGUUAAUCUCUAAGUGUAAAUGACAUGUUGAUCCCAGUGCACUGGUGAAAAUUAUAUAACAUCUUCAUCAAAUCGUCACAUUUUUGAUGCCUAAAUUUUAAGAUUUUUACAGCAUUAAAAUGGUAAAAAUCCAUAGGCUUGUGUUGCUGCUAAACUAAAGUGAGUGAUCAGUCUUUAUCAGUAUGUAAGAUGCAAAUUAAAAAAUAAUGCAGGAAUAUCAAAACUGACUUUGAGUUGUAUAUCAUUGCAGACUUAUUUCAUGUUUUGUCUGAUUUCAUUUAUAAAUUUACAUCCAUUCCUGAUAUUCAGGCUACAACACAUUCAAGAAAAUGUUGGAAAAGGAGCACUUUAGAGCAAGCAGUUAAAAUAAUUUUAAAACAAUGUCAUUUGAAAGAAGCAAUUUUAAUCAUGGUUUGGUACAAAAGCAGUAUCCAGGAAAGGUUUAGUCCUACAGGAACAAAAAUGGGCCAAAGGUCACCUGUCACCAGCAAAUGUGUGAGAAUAUUAUUAAAAUGUUCAAAACAAUGUUCUUCAAAGAAAAAUAGGGAUGGGUUUGGCUGAUUCACCGUCCACAGAACAGAAUUAGAUACUUGAAGGAAACUGAAUGUGAGUGUAAAGGGCAAUGGCUAAACUUAAGAUGCCACUGAACCCAGAGAAGUCAACAACUGCAGUGUAACUGAAGGUUUUAUUUUGGCACAGUAAGCUUUGAAUUGGCAUUCGUGGAUGUAUCUACAUAUUAAAGUGUUUAACAAAGGUUUUCCACCCUGAAUCCAUGUGGUUCUAUCAACUCUAGAUGAAUGACAGUUCUUUAUGCGGUGCUGUCACAGACCACAGCCUUUUGACUUAGGCUGGAGCCCGAGCCCUUUGCACACUGAAAUACAUUCAGGACCUUUGAAUCCUUUAAUUCUGUCCUGUACCAUAGAGGGAAGAACAUCCAAGUUCUAUCCUGUCUAUCUUUGAAUAACAUUGUUUUUAACAUUUCAAUAAUUUUCUCAUGCAUUUGUUUACAUAUACUAAAGCAAAUCAUGAUUACAAUCAGACGAUCAAAUCACGUCUUAUUAUCAGUCAUUAUUAGGUUUAUAUUCAUCCUGAAUGUGUGCUUCUUGAAUACGUUGCAGCCUGAAGGUCAGGAAUGGGUGUAUAUUUACAAAUGAAAUGAACUCGACCAGACAAACCAUGAAGAAAUAAUAUAUUAAUAUCACUGCAUUACUUUUGAAUUUCUUUUGGGUUAUAGGUUAUCGACAGCUAUGACCAUCUCAAGAGCAUAUUUAUUUAAAAUGUGUGUCUGUUUUAUUAUGGUACAGUGGUACAUGUUCUGGAAAAAGUGCAGCUAUAGUCAUGGUUUCUGCUAGUGUCUUUGUGUGUGACACAUUUUUAACUUCUAUACCUCAAAAAUGUCUUUGUGUAUUAAUAGCGGUUGUUGAGCAAAGAGAAUGAACCAAUCCAUACAUACCCUGUGACAUAAAUCAGAUGUUUUCUUACUGAAUACUGAGCACUUAAAGUUAUUGCGAGACAGUUAUUUGAUGCUAUUCCUUUGUGUGUCUCUUUUUGUUAGCAUUCAGUCUAUCCAUAAGUUAACAUACAUAAAUGGGAGGGAAUAGAACCUCAGCCACUCCACAUCUCAUCAGCAAGGACCAACUGUAUGCAAACAGCAGGCCUCUGUCUUUCCAGGACCAAAAAAAAAAGAUGAUGCUUCUACAUAAAAGCCAAGAAGUCAAACCAUAAUGUCAUUGCAUCCAAACACCACAAAAAACAAAUGAUGGCUCUGACAUUAAGUUAUUGUGAAUAGUAUUGACGCUCGCCUGUCUUUAUGCUAUUUUUUGUGCUGGCUCAAGUGUGCCCUCUAGUGGAAACACAAAGCAUCACCCUGGACAAAGUUAAUGGAAGGAAAAAUAAAUAAAAAUAAAUGUUUCAAAUAAUCAGUGUGGAACAAAACAAAUGACAAAUGGAUUUUAAUUGUACUUACCCUGUAUAUGUGAUAUAUGUGAAUGUGUAUUUGUGGUUGCUUUAAAGAUUACAGAUGAUGUCUGACUGUGUGUUAACUUUUGCUCUGUAAGUUGUUUAAAGCUGAUUUAUGUUGUGUAUGUAUUGUAACAUAUUUUAAUGUAUUUGAAGACUGAAAAGUAGCAUGUACUGUUUCUUAUAAAGGAAAAAAAUACAACCACACAAAUAAAGAGCAAACCAGAUAAUUAAA